AUGAUCAGGACGGCGGGCGGUGCGGUCGCUGGACCCUCGCGGGCGGCCCUCUCGGCGGGAGCAUCCACCACACGCGCUCCUCGUGCGUCCUUCUCAACAACCUGCAUCCAACCCUCGUUGCUCGUCUCUACACCACGCGGCAAGGGCAAGCAAAGAGCCCAAGACUGCUUCUCCUGUCAGCGUCGUUCGCAACAAACCUUCAUCCGCACGCACUCCCCCACCGGCUCAGCACGCAUCCAGCUCAAGUCCACCCGCAACGGCGUUUUUGGCCUCUCCACCUCCCGUGGCACCCGGGCGUACCAGGAAGACACAGCCUCCGUCUCCUGCUUGCACAUCCCCACCUCCGACCUACGUGCCGACUAUCUGCGCUUGCAAUCCUCCCCAUCCUUCGCAUCGACCCCAGAGGUGCGGCAAGCAGCGCUCGAAUGGGACCCCACCAAGGCAGGCGGCGAGGAGGUCGCAGGUCAAGUCGUCUGGUUCGGCUGCUUCGAUGGGCAUGGUGGUCAACAGGUGAGCAGUUUUCUGAGGGAUCAGCUGCAUAAGACGUUCGAGAGCGUCGAGCCGGAUAUGGUGACGGAUACGGUGCAGUGGACGAGAGAGUUGGGCGGGUAUUUUCGGCGGUUCAUGGGUGGGGUGCUGGAGAGGUGGGUGAGGAAGGAGAGGUUGAAGCCGGUGAGGGCGGGGGCGAUGGGGAGACGGGUGCCGUUGGCAGCGUUGACGCCGGAGAAGAAGGCGGAGUCGAGCAAGGAGGGUCAAUCCGGAUCAAAGGAGGGCGAGCAACAGCCUUCGAGCAAGACCCUCCUCCAGCCGACCCGACAGGAUGGGGCGGUCAAGAUCGGCGGCAGUGCAGAUGCUCUCACCAAGUCCUCUUCCUCCACCGCCGCCCCCACCGGUAGCGCAGACGCAGGCUGGGACGAGCUCAUCACGCGCAUCCCACCGCCUGACACGCUCACCACCACUCCUCUUUCGAUCAGCGAACGCCUCACCCUCGCCUGGCUCGUUGCCGACCGUCAAAUCCAGUCCAACCCAACCCUCGACGUUGGCGGCAGCACCGCCUCCGUCGCCCUCCUCCACUCGCUCGACCUGCCCAGCACCCCCUUCUACUCGGCCACCCACCUCGCCCUCCACGUCGCCCACGUCGGCGACACACGAAUGCUCCUCUGCUCCGCCUCGGACGGCAAAGCUAUCCCGCUCACAUCGUACCAUCACCCGGACGACCGCUCCGAAUCCGAACGGCUGCGCAAGAUGGGCGCUGGCAUGAUCACCGAUUCCUUCGGCGAGGCGAGGUGGAUGGGUGCCCUAGCGAACACGAGGGCGUUCGGAGACUCGAGGUUCAAAAAGGUGGGGAUCACGGUCGAACCUGAGAUCUGGACGCAGGUGAUCAGGGGGGAGGAUUACGGCUUUGUCAUUGGGUUCAGCGAUGGUGUGGGUGGCGUCAUGAGCGAUCAGGAGGUCGUCGAUCUGUGUAGGGGCGCCAAACAUCCCAGUCAAGCGGCGCAAAGCGUGCUGAGCUUUGCGGAAGAGUUGGGCGCGCAGGAUAAUUGUACCGUCAUGGUCAUCCCGUUGAAAGGGUGGGGGAAGGUCGGUGGGCAGGAUAAGACGAGAGAGAGGAGAGAGAUGAGGAGAUCGAAGAUCGAUGUUUUCAGAGAUAACCGCAGAUGA